AUGAGUGGCGCUCGGCCGAUAAAUUUGAUAGCCGCGGUCGAGGAAGAUUUCGACAAUGCCUAUACACAUCGUAUCAGUCUUAAACAACAAUCAUGUCACUUGCCAAUCUGUCAAUAUAAGAAAAGAAUUUAUAGAAGCGAUGUUAACUUAAUAAAAUUUAGUGCUUUGACAGGUGACACACUAGUACAUGAAAACAGAAAAAUAUAUUUAAAAGGAAUUAAUGAUAAGAUAGUGUCAACAGUAGGACAAAUUAAGAUAACUUUAAGGUUUAAUGAAGUUAAUAUUGAAACGGUGUUUCAAGUAGUACGUGAUUCGUUUCCUAUACCUAAGGAUGGUAUUUUAGGACAACAAUUUUUAAUGGAAAAUAAGGCAGUAAUUGAUGUAGCUAAUAAUUCGUUAAUAAUAAAUAAUAAGAUAGUCAAUAAGAUAAUUAAGGAAAAAUUAUGUUUUAAGUUGAACCCACGAACGGAAACAGUGGUAGCUAUACCAAUUACCGAUCCGGCCAUGGAGAAUAAAGACAUUAUAGUUUAUAAGCAGGAAUUAAUAAAGGAUGUAUACUGUGCCAAUGUGGUAGGAACAGUAAAAUUAGGGAAAGUUAUAGUUAGUAUAGGUAUUAAAUGUUUCCGAAGUAACGAAGGAAAUAAAUGA